UCCCUCUCACACUCAACAGCAACACGAGGAGCACGCCCAUCCAGCUAUCAGUCUGUCAUCGCAUCUGCAUCUGCAUCUGCGUCGGUCAGAGAUCGGGUUACACCAUCGAUCCCAUUCCUGGAGCAGAAAGAAGAGCUGAAGAACCAUGGCGGUGUCGCCGGAGACCACGGCGCGGACUCUCGUCAGUCUCUUCCUCCUCGCCGCCAUCGCCAGCACCGGCGCGGCCCACGGCGGCGGCAGCGUACAAGGAGUGACUUAUGAUAGCCGGUCACUGAUCAUAAACGGAAGGAGAGAGCUUCUCUUCUCGGGGUCGGUCCAUUACCCUCGAAGCACACCCGAGAUGUGGCCGGACAUCAUCCAGAAGGCUCAGCAUGGGGGACUGAACGUGAUCCAAACCUACGUCUUCUGGAACAUCCACGAGCCUCUCUACGGGCAGUUCAAUUUCCAAGGGAGAUAUGACUUGGUGGGGUUCAUAAAGCUGGUGCAGAAGAAUGGGAUGUAUGUGACCCUCCGACUCGGUCCCUUCAUCCAAGCGGAAUGGAAUCAUGGAGGGUUCCCGUUCUGGCUUCGGGAGGUCGCCAACAUCACCUUCCGAACAGACAACGAACCCUUCAAGCAUCAUAUGGAAAGGUUUGCCAGGACGAUUGUGCAGAUGAUGAAGGACGAGAAGCUAUUUGCCUCUCAAGGAGGUCCCAUCAUCCUAUUACAGAUCGAGAACGAGUACAACAACGUGGCGCGAGCAUUCGAGGGCGGCUCAAAAUACAUUCAGUGGGCAGGCAACAUGGCCGUGGGGCUCGGCGCCGGCGUGCCGUGGGUGAUGUGCAAGCAGAACGACGCUCCCGGUCCCGUGAUCAAUGCAUGCAACGGGAGGAACUGCGGCGAUACCUUUACAGGGCCGAACCAUCCGAGCAAGCCUUCCCUGUGGACUGAGAACUGGACUGCUCAGUACAGGGUCUUCGGUGAUCCACCAUCUCAGAGGUCAGCAGAGGAUAUUGCAUACUCCGUAGCACGCUUCUUCUCAAAGAACGGCACCCUCACGAACUACUACAUGUAUCACGGAGGAACCAACUUUGGAAGAACCGGCGCGGCUUUUAUGAUGACGAGAUACUACGACGAAGCUCCCCUGGAUGAAUACGGGAUGGAGAAGGAGCCCAAAUGGGGGCAUCUGAGGGACCUGCACCAUGCACUGAAGCUGUGCAGGAAGGGUCUGCUCUGGGGGACGCCGUCCGUCCAAGCCUUUGACAAGGGUUUUGAGGCCAGAUUGUAUGAGAUACCGGAGAGCCAUGUAUGCGUUGCCUUCUUGACCAACACCAACAGGAAAGAAGACGGCACGGUGAGCUUCCGAGGCGAGGAGUACUAUCUCCCCCGCCGCUCCAUCAGCAUUCUGCCGGACUGUAAGACUGUGGUGUUCAAUAGCCAGAGAGUCAACGCUCAGCACAAUGCGAGGACGUUCGAUGUAGCGAAGGAAUCCAGCAUGAAGAACCAAUGGCAGAUGACGAGCGACCUCAUCCCGACGCUUCGCCAUGCCUCGGUUAUAUCCAAAGGGCCCCUGGAGUUGAUGAACUUGACCAAGGACACCACGGACUAUCUGUGGUACACAACAAGCUUCAAGUUGGAUGCUGACGAUCUACCUCGGCGACAGGACAUCCGACCUGUGCUUCAAGUUUCAAACCUCGGCCAUGCAAUGCAUGCGUUCGUCAAUGGCAAAUACAUAGGAUCUGGGCAUGGAACAAAGAUCGAGAAAAGUUUUGUCUUCCAGAAGCCAAUGGAUCUAAAUGCAGGAACCAACCACAUCGCAAUCUUAGGCUUGACUGUUGGAUUGCCGGAUAGUGGAGCGUACUUGGAACACAGACUUGCCGGCGUUCAUACCGUCGUCAUCCAAGGUCUCAACGCCGGAACGUUGGAUUUGUCGCACAGCGUGUGGGGGCACCAGGUUGGAUUGACCGGGGAGACGUUGGGCAUCUUCUCUGAGAAGGGAGUGAAUGCUGUCAAGUGGGAGGAGGCUAAGAGUGAUACCCCAGUCAUGUGGUACAAGAGAUACUUCGAUGCUCCAUCCGGACAUGAUCCAGUUGCUUUGGAAAUGAACUCGAUGGGGAAAGGACUGGUGUGGAUCAACGGCGAAAGCAUCGGUCGUUACUGGAUCUCCUACCUCAAUCCUCUCGGGAAGGCUUCUCAAUCAGUGUAUCACGUGCCGCGGUCCUUCUUGAAGCCGAAGGACAACCUCAUGGUCGUCUUCGAGGAGCACGGCGGGAAGCCGGAGGACAUACAGAUCAUGACGGUGAAGAGGGACGACAUCUGCACCGUCGUCUCCGAUCUCCACCCCGCACACGUCAGGUCAUGGUCGAGGGAGAACAGCAAGAUCCGAAGCGUCGAUGACGACGCGAAGCCGGAGGCUCGGUUGAAGUGCACGGGGAAGAAGGUGAUCCAGUCCAUUGAUUUCGCAAGCUUUGGGAACCCCGGCGGCAUGUGCGGCAACUUCACCACAGGGAGCUGCCAUACGCCGCAGGCCAAGGCUGUAGCCGAGAAGGCCUGCUUGGGGAAGGAGUCCUGCGUGUUGCCGGUGGCGCCGGAGGCAUACGGUGCUGACGUUGGGUGUCCGGAGACGAUGGCCACUCUUGCAGUGCAGGCCAAGUGCGUCCCGAAGAAGUAGUACGCGGCUUGAGUUUGAUUCGUUCUUUGUUAGACCAGAUGUUGGAAGGGGAUUGAGUUGAAUCUCUCCUCGAGCACUAGAUAUAGAAAAAAGGAAGGAGGACGAGGUUGAUUUGUACGAGGAGGAGAAUGGAUGUACGCAAUCUUAUCUUACCUUCGUUUUUAAUAAUGGAUCUGA